AUGCAUACUAAAUAGAAAGCCUUUGGGUUAUUGUUACUCUUUAUGCUUUCUGGUGUUUAAGUAAUGACACAAGAUUUGACUGAAGAAUAAAGAAAGCUUUUGGAAUAAUCUUAAGAAACACAUGAAUUUUAAGCAGAAACAGGUAGAUUGAUGGAUAUCCUUAUUAAUUCUCUAUAUACUUAAAAGGAAAUCUUUCUAAGAGAAUUAAUUUCGAAUGCAGCAGAUGCACUUGAUAAAAUUCGAUUUUUGAGUGUAAAGAAUCCAGAAAUUUUGGGUGAUAAAACUGAAUUAGCAAUUAGAAUUGAAAUAAAUACAGAAGAAAAGACAGUUUCUGUUACAGAUAGUGGUAUUGGUAUGACAAAGAAUGAUUUAAUAUCAAAUUUGGGUACAAUUGCAAAAUCAGGAACCACUUAAUUUAUUGAAGCUAUUAAAGGAGGUAAUGUAAAUUUGAUUGGUUAAUUUGGUGUUGGUUUUUAUUCAUGUUUCUUGGCAGGUUAAAAGGUUACAGUUGCAUCAAAAAAUACAGAUGAUGAAUAAUAUAUAUGGGAAUCAUAAGCAGCACAUUCAUUUGCAAUAUCAAAAGAUCCUAGAGGAAAUACAUUAGGUCGUGGUACAUAAGUUACUAUUCAUUUGAAAUAAGAUGCUGUUGAAUUUGCAGAAGAAAGUACAAUUAAAGAAUUAAUCAAAAAAUAUUCAGAAUUUAUUAAUUUCCCUAUUUAUUUGAAAGUGACAAGGGAAGUUUCAAAAUAAGUAGAGGAAGAACCUGAAUAAUAAGAUCAAUAAGAAAAUACAGAUGAUGAUGAAGUAAAAGUUAAAGAUGAUGAUGAUGAUGAUGCAGAUACAAAGAAGAAAGCUACUAAAACAAUUAAAGAGAAAGUAUCAGAAUGGGUUUAAAUUAAUGAAAAUAAGGCUAUAUGGUUAAGACCAAAAGAAGAGAUUUCUGAUGAUGAUUAUAAGAAAUUCUAUAAAGUAUUAUCAAAGAAUUCAGGUGAAGAUCCUUUUAAUUGGGUUCAUUUUAAAGCAGAAGGAGAAGUUGAAUUUACAUCUCUUAUUUAUGUUCCAAAGAGAGCACCAAGUGAUAUGUUUGAUAAUUAUUAUGGUAAAUAAACAACAAAUUUGAAAUUAUAUGUUAGAAGAGUUUUAAUUAGUGAAGAAUUCGAAGAUAUACUUCCAAGAUAUUUAAGUUUUGUUAAAGGUGUUAUUGAUUCAGAUGAAUUACCAUUAAAUGUUAAUAGAGAAACACUUUAAUAACUUAAAAUGUUAAAGGUUAUAAGUAGAAAGAUAGUUAAGAAGAUUUUAGAAUUAUUUUAAGAUGCUGCUUCUUAUGAUGAUGAAGAUGAAGAAGAUACAGAAGAAGGUGAAGAAGAUGAUAAUAUGGCAGAAACUACACCUGAAGAAUAAUAAAGAUUGAAAGAUGAAAAGAGAAAAAAGAAGAUUGAUGAAUAUAAUGAAUUUUGGAAAGAAUAUGGAAAGAAUAUUAAAUUGGGUGUUAUUGAAGAUUCUUCAAAUAGAUAGAAAUUGGCUGAAUUAACAAGGUAUUUUAAUAUUUUAUAUUUAUUAGAUGGUACUCAAGUAAAAAUUCAACUGAAUUAACAUCAUUUGAUGAUUAUAUUGAGAGAACAAAACCAGGAUAAGAUUCAAUCUAUUAUUUAGCUGGUGAAAAUAAGGAAUAAUUAUUAGCUUCACCAAUUAUUUAAGGAUUAUUAAAGAAAGGAUAUGAAGUAUUAUUAUUAGAUGAUCCAGUUGAUGAAUUUACAUNGAAGAAUCCAGAAAUUCUAGGUGAUAAAACUGAAUUAGCAAUUAGAAUUGAAAUAAAUACAGAAGAAAAGACAGUUUCUGUUACAGAUAGUGGUAUUGGUAUGACAAAGAAUGAUUUAAUAUCAAAUUUGGGUACAAUUGCAAAAUCAGGAACCACUUAAUUUAUUGAAGCUAUUAAAGGAGGUAAUGUAAAUUUGAUUGGUUAAUUUGGUGUUGGUUUUUAUUCAUGUUUCUUGGCAGGUUAAAAGGUUACAGUUGCAUCAAAAAAUACAGAUGAUGAAUAAUAUAUAUGGGAAUCAUAAGCAGCACAUUCAUUUGCAAUAUCAAAAGAUCCUAGAGGAAAUACAUUAGGUCGUGGUACAUAAGUUACUAUUCAUUUGAAAUAAGAUGCUGUUGAAUUUGCAGAAGAAAGUACAAUUAAAGAAUUAAUCAAAAAAUAUUCAGAAUUUAUUAAUUUCCCUAUUUAUUUGAAAGUGACAAGGGAAGUUUCAAAAUAAGUAGAGGAAGAACCUGAAUAAUAAGAUCAAUAAGAAAAUACAGAUGAUGAUGAAGUAAAAGUUAAAGAUGAUGAUGAUGAUGAUGCAGAUACAAAGAAGAAAGCUACUAAAACAAUUAAAGAGAAAGUAUCAGAAUGGGUUUAAAUUAAUGAAAAUAAGGCUAUAUGGUUAAGACCAAAAGAAGAGAUUUCUGAUGAUGAUUAUAAGAAAUUCUAUAAAGUAUUAUCAAAGAAUUCAGGUGAAGAUCCUUUUAAUUGGGUUCAUUUUAAAGCAGAAGGAGAAGUUGAAUUUACAUCUCUUAUUUAUGUUCCAAAGAGAGCACCAAGUGAUAUGUUUGAUAAUUAUUAUGGUAAAUAAACAACAAAUUUGAAAUUAUAUGUUAGAAGAGUUUUAAUUAGUGAAGAAUUCGAAGAUAUACUUCCAAGAUAUUUAAGUUUUGUUAAAGGUGUUAUUGAUUCAGAUGAAUUACCAUUAAAUGUUAAUAGAGAAACACUUUAAUAACUUAAAAUGUUAAAGGUUAUAAGUAGAAAGAUAGUUAAGAAGAUUUUAGAAUUAUUUUAAGAUGCUGCUUCUUAUGAUGAUGAAGAUGAAGAAGAUACAGAAGAAGGUGAAGAAGAUGAUAAUAUGGCAGAAACUACACCUGAAGAAUAAUAAAGAUUGAAAGAUGAAAAGAGAAAAAAGAAGAUUGAUGAAUAUAAUGAAUUUUGGAAAGAAUAUGGAAAGAAUAUUAAAUUGGGUGUUAUUGAAGAUUCUUCAAAUAGAUAGAAAUUGGCUGAAUUAACAAGGUAUUUUAAUAUUUUAUAUUUAUUAGAUGGUACUCAAGUAAAAAUUCAACUGAAUUAACAUCAUUUGAUGAUUAUAUUGAGAGAACUAAACCAGGAUAAGAUUCAAUCUAUUAUUUAGCUGGUGAAAAUAAGGAAUAAUUAUUAGCUUCACCAAUUAUUUAAGGAUUAUUAAAGAAAGGAUAUGAAGUAUUAUUAUUAGAUGAUCCAGUUGAUGAAUUUACAUUUUAACAUUUAAAUGAAUACAAAUAAAAAAAAUUAGUUAAUGUUGGAAAAGGUGAUUUCAAAUAACCAGAAGAUAAUGAUGAAUAAAGAAAGAAAUAAAAGGCUUUAAAGAAAGUAUUUUAACCUUUGACUGAUUGGUGGAGAAAAUUAUUAUCAGAAAGUGUUGAUUCAGUUAUUAUUUCUUAAAGAUUAAUUGAUGAUCCAAUUAUUGUUGUUUCAUCUGAAUCAGGAUAUUCUGCAAAUAUGGAANUAAUAUAUAUGGGAAUCAUAAGCAGCACAUUCAUUUGCAAUAUCAAAAGAUCCUAGAGGAAAUACAUUAGGUCGUGGUACAUAAGUUACUAUUCAUUUGAAAUAAGAUGCUGUUGAAUUUGCAGAAGAAAGUACAAUUAAAGAAUUAAUCAAAAAAUAUUCAGAAUUUAUUAAUUUCCCUAUUUAUUUGAAAGUGACAAGGGAAGUUUCAAAAUAAGUAGAGGAAGAACCUGAAUAAUAAGAUCAAUAAGAAAAUACAGAUGAUGAUGAAGUAAAAGUUAAAGAUGAUGAUGAUGAUGAUGCAGAUACAAAGAAGAAAGCUACUAAAACAAUUAAAGAAAAAGUAUCAGAAUGGGUUUAAAUUAAUGAAAAUAAGGCUAUUUGGUUAAGACCAAAAGAAGAGAUUUCUGAUGAUGAUUAUAAGAAAUUCUAUAAAGUAUUAUCAAAGAAUUCAGGUGAAGAUCCUUUUAAUUGGGUUCAUUUUAAAGCAGAAGGAGAAGUUGAAUUUACAUCUCUUAUUUAUGUUCCAAAGAGAGCACCAAGUGAUAUGUUUGAUAAUUAUUAUGGUAAAUAAACAACAAAUUUGAAAUUAUAUGUUAGAAGAGUAUUAAUUAGUGAAGAAUUCGAAGAUAUACUUCCAAGAUAUUUAAGUUUUGUUAAAGGUGUUAUUGAUUCAGAUGAAUUACCAUUAAAUGUUAAUAGAGAAACACUUUAAUAACUUAAAAUGUUAAAGGUUAUAAGUAGAAAGAUAGUUAAAAAGAUUUUAGAAUUAUUUUAAGAUGCUGCUUCUUAUGAUGAUGAAGAUGAAGAAGAUACAGAAGAAGGUGAAGAAGAUGAUAAUAUGGCAGAAACUACACCUGAAGAAUAAUAAAGAUUGAAAGAUGAAAAGAGAAAAAAGAAGAUUGAUGAAUAUAAUGAAUUUUGGAAAGAAUAUGGAAAGAAUAUUAAAUUGGGUGUUAUUGAAGAUUCUUCAAAUAGAUAGAAAUUGGCUGAAUUAACAAGGUAUUUUAAUAUUUUAUAUUUAUUAGAUGGUACUCAAGUAAAAAUUCAACUGAAUUAACAUCAUUUGAUGAUUAUAUUGAGAGAACAAAACCAGGAUAAGAUUCAAUCUAUUAUUUAGCUGGUGAAAACAAGGAAUAAUUAUUAGCUUCACCAAUUAUUUAAGGAUUAUUAAAGAAAGGAUAUGAAGUAUUAUUAUUAGAUGAUCCAGUUGAUGAAUUUACAUUUUAACAUUUAAAUGAAUACAAAUAAAAAAAAUUAGUUAAUGUUGGAAAAGGUGAUUUCAAAUAACCAGAAGAUAAUGAUGAAUAAAGAAAGAAAUAAAAGGCUUUAAAGAAAGUAUUUUAACCUUUGACUGAUUGGUGGAGAAAAUUAUUAUCAGAAAGUGUUGAUUCAGUUAUUAUUUCUUAAAGAUUAAUUGAUGAUCCAAUUAUUGUUGUUUCAUCUGAAUCAGGAUAUUCUGCAAAUAUGGAAAGAAUUUCAAAAGCUUAAGCUUAUUCAAGUAAAGGUGGUUCACAUUAAUUUGGUAAGAAGAUUGUAGAAAUCAAUCCAAAUCAUUAAGCAAUCUAAGAAUUAUUAUAAAGAGUAAAAGAUGAUCCAGAUUAAGAAACAGAAGAAAUGGCUAGAGUAUUAUAUGAAGCUGCUUUAGUUAAUUCAGGUAUUUAAUAUAUAUAUAUUUUAGGUUAUUCUAUUCCUAAUCCUGAAAAGUUUGCUAGUAGAUUCUAUAAAUUAUUUAAUUCUGCUUUGGGUAUUGAUAGAGAUGCUCCAGUCAAAGAAUUUGAAGUAGAAAUCGAAGAAGAACCAGAAACUUCAUCAGAACCACCUUAAAGUGAAGAUGGAACUAAAUGGGAAAAAGUAAAUACAGAUGAUGCUCAAUGGGAAACUGUAAGUAAUGAUAAAAGAGAUGACUUAUGAUUCAUUAAUACAUAUGUAUUGU